UUUGCCAUUUCCUUUUUAUUUAUUUCUUUAUGCUACAGAAGGAAGCACUACUUUUAAAAAAUAGCUUUAGAGUUGAGUCUGUGGUUUCUGAUUUUAAUGAAAGCUAUUAAGCUUAAUUAAAAAUUAACCAUGGCUUCUCAAGUCACUGCAAGACAUUUUCAUCCUCAUUCAUGCUUAAAUCCAGUUGAUUCACUUCACACUAUGCAUCUAAACCAGCACAGAGAUCUCUUGAAGAGAAUGUAUAUGCCUUUUGUGCGGGGACCUGAAGACAGGCAUUUCUUUGCCAGUUUCCAAGAAAAGGACAGUAAUGCUUUUCUUAAAUCUAAUCCUUUCCUUCCUCCUGAAGAUAAAAGCUACUUUUUAACACCUCAUCGGGAUGAUGUGCCCAUAAUCAACCCUUGUUCAGGAAGUGUGAGUCUAGGAGCUAAAGUUGACCGGCAAAUCUUGGACAACAAAGCCUAUGAAUCCCUCCGAGAUGGCAAAGAUACGCAAUCUUCACAGCUGGCACCUGUAUUUCACAGGAGAGUCCAGUCUGCUGAUAGAAGACCUUCACUACUGUUGAAAGAAAGAAAUCAGGACCUACGGUGGAAUUCUAGAGCAGUACCCGAUAUUUCUCUCAGAUCAAGACUUGGAGGAUGGACAAGUCCAGUAAAAGUUAUACCAAGUCCACCUCAAACCAAAGAAAAUUUUACACCUCAUACAUUUGUAUUUCAUGUGGAUCCAGAUAUUCAGUCAAGUGAUACUUCUUCUGAACACUGCAGAGAUGAGAGCGCUCGGAAGUAUAUGUAUACCUCAACCACUCAGAGAGGAUAUGAAGAAGUUCCCUGGGAUUAUAUGUUAUCUCCCAAAGUCCAGCCUUCACAUUCAUCAUUAGAACCAAUGGCUGAUACUUCUACAAGCAAGCGAUAUGAACCAGCAGCAGAAAUAAGCCAAGUUGUUGGAGGCCUCUGGGACAGAUUUCAAAGGAGAACCUUUACAGCACCAGACAGGCCAAUACAUUUUGUUAGCCCAAGUUCUCGAACUCAGCAUCUCCCUUCAUACACAGGCUGUGUUGGUUCAGAGAAUUUUGAGGAUCUAGACAACCCCUAUGUUGACCUAAUUACCUAUAACAAAGUUCAUACUGCAAAGCCACGUUAUCUGAAAUCUUCAUACUCUCCAAACACCUUUGGAUACACUGGCAAGGUUCAUUGGUCAGGCACCCAACCAGCAAAUUCUAAUCUUCCACCAACAUCACCAUCAAUAAUUUCACGAAUGUAUGGGUACUUAGCUAAACAUGGACAGCCAAAAGAAUUCCCACAUUUGGGGCCCUUGUCACAGAUCGUUACAACCACCAACCCACAGAAUUCUUUCAAUAAGAAGGAAAAAGAACGACUUACAAUUUGAAAGAAUAUUUGUCUCAGUGGCACAAUUCCAAGUUUCAGAACAUAAAUGGGAAAUAAGAAAUUGUAACAUGGAUUACUUUUUAAAAAUGCAGGAAUCAAAACUCCUUCAGUCUUUGUCUUUAUGACAUGGGAAAGUUGUGUUCCACAUAAUAAUGCAUUCAAGUACAUAUCAUCAUGUUUUAAUAAAAUGUACCACGUUCUUCCACAUUUUUAUGAAAAUCCCAUAACUCAUUCACUAAAAUGUAUUGAUUUCCAAACUUUAUAAUUAUUUCUUCAUGCCUAGUCACAGAGAAGUGCCUUGUAGUAUAGUGUUCAUUUCUUACCUCUGGAACUGAAGGAUACAAUAUACAAAGUGGGGUCAGCAGAGCUCUCUAAUAGAGCAUCCAUCCAUUAAUGGACUGGAUUUCUUAGUCACAUGAAUGUAAAUUCAUUAAAAAUAAUUGCAAUCCUUAUCCCAAAUAAGGAUUGACUUAAAUAAGACAAAUUAUUUUGAUUGCAGCUUCUUGCAGUGUUUUCACUCUGAUUUACACUUGCAUAAUUAGUCAUGAUCUACCAAAUAAAAUUCAGCCUAUCAACCAUUCCAUGCUUGCUUACUAAGGCUUUGAUAAUUGUCCUGUGUUGCUGUCUGAGGCAUGAAAGGAUGUCAAGCAACUUUCAAACCCAAGUACUUGGUAAGUGCGCUGCAUUUGGCUUAGCAGAACAGUUUCUGUGAGCCUCACUUCAACUCUUAAUUCUCAACUCACUAAGACCAUUCACAAGAAAUCUCAUAAUGCUUCAUUGCAAUGUCUAUAAGAUUAGGUUUAUGCAACUUGUCAUAUUAUGCUUUGUGACAAUUCAAUGUGAUAUGUGAACUCAGUCCUUGUGGUUUCUAAAUCAUUGGUUAUGGUUGAGUACAUCCAUUCGAAUAAAUCAAACUGU